CUGGACGUGGGGGAUGCUUGUAGCCAAAGCUGCAGCAGCCGCCUAUGUUGCCCCUCAGUUUGUAGGUUCGCCUCCCAGCACCGGAGCAAGUGACGUCCCAGGCUCAUUGCCAGACGACCCAGAUAAGAAAACCGCAAGCGAAAGAAGAAACAUGAUUUUGAAAGGUGGAGUCCAGGCGGAGGAGGUGGGCGCUGUCCUUGGUGAGCUCAUGCCUCUCCAGAUGUAGGAAGCCUGGUCAGGCAGCCAUGGAGUGGUACAUUGACACAAACCAAUCUCUGGGCUCACCACCCACCACCUGUGUCUACCGAGAAAACUUCAAGCAACUGCUACUGCCACCUGUGUACUCAGUGGUUCUGGUGGCCGGCCUACCACUGAAUGCCUGUGUCAUUGCCCAGAUUUGCACAUCUCGCCGGGCCCUGACCCGCACAGCCGUGUACACCCUGAACCUAGCCCUGGCUGACCUGCUGUAUGCCUGCUCCCUGCCCCUGCUCAUCUACAACUAUGCCCAAGGUGACCACUGGCCCUUUGGCGACCUCACCUGCCGCCUGAUCCGCUUCCUCUUCUAUGCCAACCUACACGGCAGCAUCCUUUUCCUCACCUGCAUCAGCUUCCAGCGCUACCUGGGCAUCUGCCACCCUCUGGCCCCCUGGCACAAGCGUGGGGGUCGCCGGGCUGCCUGGCUAGUGUGUGGGGCUGUGUGGCUGGCUGUGACAACCCAAUGCCUACCCACAGCCUUCUUUGCUGCCACAGGCAUCCAGCGUAACCGUACCGUCUGCUACGACCUAAGCCCACCCGCCCUGGCCACCCGCUACUUGCCCUAUGGCAUGGCCCUCACGGUCAUCGGCUUCCUGCUGCCCUUUGCUGCCCUGCUGGCCUGUUACUGCCGUCUGGCCCGCCGUCUGUGCCGCCAGGAUGGCCCAGCAGGACCUGUGGCCCAGGAGCGGCGUAGCAAGGCAGCCCACAUGGCGGUGGUGGUGGCAGCUGCCUUUGCCAUCAGCUUCUUACCUUUCCAUAUCACCAAGACAGCUUACCUGGCAGUGCGCUCUACACCCGGUGUCCCCUGCCCCGUGUUAGAGACCUUUGCAGCCGCCUACAAAGGCACACGGCCCUUCGCCAGUGCCAAUAGUGUGCUGGAUCCCAUCCUCUUCUACUUCACCCAGAAGAAGUUCCGCCAGCGGCCACAUGAGCUGCUACAGAAACUCACAGUCAAAUGGCAGCGGCAGGGUCACUGAUUCCACCAAAGCAGGACACGUGGGGCCUGGAGAGCCAUAGUGUUUGCCACUGUGGCCGAUGUACCAGAAGCCCCAUCAACUCAAACCAUGCAGAGAAUUAGAGCUUAGCUCAGCUGGGCAUGGAAUGAGGUCCCUCAUAGACCUCAAAAUCUCAGCAACAAUAUUUAUUGAGCCCUUUUACUGGAUCAGGUCCUGUGGGCACAGAGACAGACAAGCCUGAGCCUGGCUCUCCAGAAGGUCCCAGUCAGCCAUGGAGAAUUUGGGAAGCCAUGUUAAGCUGCUCACAAAAAUAUAGUGUGACAUGUAUUGUAAUUGAGGAGCAUGCUGCAUGCUUUGGAGUCACCGAAAAAGGAGUGAGGAAAGAUGGGAGGGGGAAAUGAGACCUUCUGGGGAGAGAUAUUUGAGCUGGUUUUUGAAGGAUAAAUAUGAGCUCUCUGAGUGUUAUGUUCCAUUCAUUCAGCAAACCUUUACUGACACUUUGUGUUUAGGCCUGGUCUGGUUCUGGGGACCCAGAAGAACCAGCCCUAGACCUGCUCCAUACAGGCUCCCAACUACUGGAAAUACUGACAAUGAUGUCAAAGUUGUGACAGAGGGAAGUAUGGCUUAGGGGGACUGGGUGCCCAGAGGAUCCCCAUGACCCAGUCCAAGGAGUCAGGAAAGAGCUCUCUGAGGGUGGGGCAUCCAAACCAGAUGCUGAAGGUUGAGUAGGAGCUCUGUAAACAGAAGCGGGGAGCAAGUUAGUGCAGCCUGGGCCAGCCUUAUGCUAAGUUCUGCCUAUAGGGCAGAUGGGCAGAGAGCUGGGGUAGAGGGCAUGUGGCCUCCUGUGUAUGAAAGCCUAGAAACAAGAGCUGUCCCAUGGCCACUCUCCACAGAAUGGCAGGAGUGUGCCAGGUGCUCCAAGCUGUGGAGGAAGAAAUCAGAGAGUGCCUCUUAGCAGAGGUGGUGAAGAAUCCAAAAAACAGAAAGGCAGAGGCAGCUCCUGGUGGAAGGCUCUAUGCACACAAAACCCAAGAGGCAGAGAUGCACUGAGCCUGGCCAUAAAGCAACAGUGAGUUUCAACUAAGCUCAGGGAGUUGGGUGUGUGAGAAAGCAGGUGACAAGAAAAGGAGCUGGGUGGGACCAAAGCAUUAAAUGCCAGGAAGAGCCCCAGACCUUACUUUUCCUUUGCCCACCUCUUCAAAUGUGCCUCUUGCAGGCUCAGGGUGUCCUUGAUAUCUGGGACACCUCCACCAGGACCCCUACAUUAGGGGAAAUAACCAUUCAACAUUGCUUCAUUCUAAAAGGAGAAAUCAGCAGCUUGAGGAGACUCAGAGCCAUCCCAGGAGGCUAAAACAUGCAGGUCCCAUGGUCACGGGCCUGCCAACCAGUCUCAAGACAGUCUACUCCCACUGGGCUCCUCUCCUGCCCUCUCAGCUCCAUCAUUCUGGCCUGCAGGUACCUGGAAGGCUACCUGGAGGCCAUCUCAUAUGGAGGUAUCUCAAACACAAACCUGACCCUUAAAAAGUCUUGGAAAGGCAUCUUUACUGAAGGUCCCGAGGACGCAGCAAAGGGGAAUCAUACCAGGGAAGGCCCUCCCAAGUUCUCCUCACCUGCAUACCUCUCCUUUCAGCCGCACCUCUGCAGGUCCCCAUCAUGUCUGCUUUUUCCUUAUCUCUUCUCCCCACCGCCCCUCCUCCCCUCUAACUUCUCCUGCAGGCCUUAUUCCCUCCUCCCAAAUCUCAGUUUUCCUUCUGUGGAACAAUCGGGCCUGCUCUUGGCUGCUGGUAUACCACAGACCUUGUACGUGAUAGAACCAAGAUGGCAAGGAGAGUCUUCCUUUUUAGAAAGGAAGAGGAAUGGACAGAGGGACGAGGCAAGGAGGGGAAGGACUGUAUAACUGAUCCAAUAUUUUCCUUUUAGCCUGCCCAAUCUCCAAAGCUGUUGUGCAAUGGGGGCAUUCAGAGAAGGACUCUGGAGAAGCUAAACUCGGUAGUAAUGCCAGAGGUGUGCUUGCAGCUGGGGAGUGGGGAAACCAGGCCCAGCCCACCCUGAGAAUCCAUUCCAAGUACCCUUGCUGGAGAGGCUGACAAUUUGGACAGAGGGAACUUUUAUUUUGUGGACCAAAGUAAGAUAGAAAUUUGGGAAUGUCAGAAGACCGAGGAUGGUUCUUAUUCCCUAUAUAGCGCCAUGCCAUGCCUAGCAGUACAGAUAUUACCCACACUGCAUCUUGUUCCAAGUCCUGAGACCAAUCUCUUUGGUCGCUUGUGAUGGAGGAGUGGGCGAGAGGGAGAGCAGAAGGUGGAGGGCCUCUGUCCAUGGCCCAGGCUGAGCCCCUAUAGAAACCCAAAUGACGGUCUCAGGAGACUACUGAGAACUGUGACCUUGUGGUUACUUUUCUAAGAGUGAAAAUUGUGGGCCACAGGUAAAUUCCAUUUCCAGCUUCCCUUUGCAAAGCAGAAUAGAGGUUACAGAUUUCAGAGCAAGGCCACCUGAGUGAGUAUCCUGGCUCUACCAUUUACUAGCUGUGUUGUUCUGGGCAAGUUAGUUAACCUCCUUGUACCUUAACUUCCCUAAAUGUAAAAUGGGAAUAAUAAUGAAAUCUAUCUUGUAAAGUUUUUGCGAGGAUUAAAUUAAUUAAUAUGUGCAAAGCACUUAAACAAUGCCUGGAACAUAGUAAGCAUGCAAUAAAUGUUACUCUUAUAGUGA